CAAGGAUGCCUCUACGCAAAGAAAUAUGCAUUUCACCGACAAGCUUCGUCUGCUAUGCCCACCUUGCCCGCUUCGUCAGACGACAUAGAGCUCGCAUAUCUGUUUGACCAACCACAAGCAGGAAGGAAACCAUCUUUUACAUCUCUCACCGGUAUUUUUCGACAUCCACAACUAACCACUCCUGCUGCAUUCACGGCUCUGGCGGACUCGACACUGGUACGAGCCCAUUUGCUGACUGAGCGAAUACUACGAGCACGAGAGUCACGUACCGAACUAUUCAAAGUGGUCAAGAACUUGGACAGGCUCAGCGAUUUGCUAUGUGGUGUAAUAGACUUGACGGAGCUAGUACGAAAUGCGCACCCGGACCCUACGUGGAUUGAGAGUGCCAAUGAAUGCUACGAGAAGUUAUGCGAGUUCAUGAAUGUUUUGAACACUAACGUGGGUUUAUACGAGGUUCUACACGCUGUCUUGUCAGAUCCCGAGGUUGUAAAGUCAUUCAGUCCCGAAGCACACCAAACCGCAUUGAUUUUCUGGCGUGAUUUCAAGAAAUCUGCCAUCGACCUGCCGCCAGAACAGCGAGAAAGGUUCGUAACCUUGUCAUCAGAAAUUCUUUCAGUAGGUCGGCAGUUCGUAAACGAAGCUUCGGCUCCUCGCCCUCCGACGGCUAUCAAGCCAUCAGAGCUUCAGGGGUUAAAACAAAAUGGAAUGGGAACUAGACUGCAGCUUCAAGCGCGCGUCACUCAACGAGAUCUUCUUGUAUAUCCCGGAUCACUCCAAGCGCAUAUGAUUAUGCGGUCUGCCCCUGCGGAAGAACCUCGAAAAAAAGUAUACAUGGCUUCCCACUCGAGCACUCCAGAACAAAUAGAAUAUUUGGAGAGACUGCUUCACGCACGAGCAGAACUUGCACGACUGGUUGGGUACGAUAGUUACGCCAGCAUGACUCUCAACGACAAGAUGGCGAAAUCACCGGAGAAUAUCAAUCAAUUUCUGGAUACAUUAUUGGAUCGCACAAACUCCUAUGCGCGAAGCGCUUUGCAUGCUUUAAGCUUGCGAAAGCAAGCCCAUAUCAACGCACCGACACUACCCAUUAUUCAGGCGUGGGAUAGGGACUAUUAUUGCCCUCCUGAGCCUCCAGCACCACCUAUCGCCUUACCUCCUUUAACGCUAGGCCGGGUGUUCAUGGGUCUUUCACGACUAUUUAAACAUUUAUAUGGAGUUUCACUUCGACCUGCGGAAGUUUUAACGGGCGAAGUAUGGCAUUACAACGUACACAAACUAGAAGUAUUAGAUGAGGAUUCCGGGGUCAUCGGAUGGAUUUAUGCGGAUUUAUUUGCCCGUGCGGGGAAGUCAUGUGGUGCAGCCCAUUACACUGUACGCUGCUCACGUCGGACUGACGAUGAUGACGAAGCUGGCGAUCUCAUGGUGGAGAAUGCACAAGAUAUUCUUCGUUCAUCGCAAGAGUUCGAAGAAGUAAAACGGCAGAAAGUUAAAGGGAAAGAUGGUGUGUACCAACUUCCUCUAGUGGUUCUAUUGUGCGAAUUCGCACGUCCCACGAUAUCUCGUGGUCCUACCGUCCUUGAGUGGCACGACGUGUUAACACUAUUUCACGAGAUGGGACAUGCCAUGCAUUCAAUGAUCGGUCGAACAGAGUAUCACAACGUCGCUGGUACCCGUUGCGCUACCGACUUUGUUGAGCUCCCAUCAAUACUCAUGGAACAUUUCCUAAACUCUCCAAUGGUUCUCUCUCUUUUUGACCCUGACAGCUCGUCUGCGACCAGACAGAUAGGCAACCAUCACGAAGACCCAUGUCGUUCCAUCGACACCCAUAGUCAGAUACUCCUCUCCGUAUUGGAUCAGGUCUAUCAUUCACCAACCGUCCUCGAACCCCACUUUGACUCGACAGCCGCUCUUGCUAAUUUGCACGAUACGCGCGGUUUGAUCCCUCACGCCCCAGGGACUUCCUUCCAGACACAGUUCAGCCAUCUGUUCGGGUACGGUGCAACGUAUUAUUCCUACUUAUUUGACCGUGCCAUCGCAUCGCAUGUGUGGCGCAAGGUCUUUUCAGAUAACCCACUCAACCGUGAGACUGGCGAGAAAUACAAAAGGGAGGUUUUGCGUUAUGGUGGAGGGAAAGAUCCGUGGAUGAUGCUCAGCGCAUUGCUUGGGGCUCCCGAACUUGAGGUCGGCGACGCAGAAGCGAUGCGCGAGGUUGGCAGGUGGCGAAUUGAAGAUGAGGUAGCUGUUCCAGGAAGACACUGAUAUCUCAGAGGGUCUAAAUGUUCAUUCAAUUUGUAGCAUAGUUUACUGUUGUAAAUAGACAUCACAGCUGAUUUCAUAACGAU